AUGGACAAAAGUUGGAUGCACCUCACCGAUAGGUUUAGGUCAAGGGAAUAUGGCAUUGGGGUUAGGCAAUUCCUCACAAUGGCUCGAGCUCAUGCUCAAGGAAGUACAACAGUGAAGUGUCCAUACUGUAGAUGUCGUAAUAAUUCCUUCUUGCUAAUCAGUGAGGUAGAGAGGCAUUUGUUUAUUACGGGUAUUGAUCCAAAUUAUACUAAUUGGAUUUUUCAUGGCGAGCAAGAACCGUUUAGUUUCAUGGCCGAGGAUGGAGAUGAUAUACCUGAUGGUGGUGACAAUAGUUAUAUUGAUGACAUCGACGAUAUGUUGGCUGACAUUCAUGCGGCAAACAAUGUAGGGGAAGAAGAUGACAUGGCUCCACACCCCAGGGAGCCCAAUACGGUUGAACCCAACCCGAGCACCUUUGAGAAGUUGUUGGAAGAUGCUCGCCGUCCACUUUAUGAUGGUUGCAACUCAUUUUCAAAAUUAUCAUUCAUUGUUAAGUUGCUCAAUAUCAAAACUAUUGGCGGUUGGAGUGUAAAGUCCUUUGACAUGUUGAUAAAACUAUUGAAAACAGCUUUUCCUAAUUCACUCUUGCCAGAAUCUUUUCAUGAGGCACGUGCAUUGGAGCGAGGGUUGGGAUUUAGAUACAUUAAAAUUCACGCUUGCCCAAACGAUUGCCUACUCUAUUGGAAGGAAAAUAGCAACUUGCAAGAGUGCCCUAAGUGCAAAGCCUCUAGGUGGUUGUCGGCCACAUCUUCUAAAAGACCAGUGCCCCAAAAGAUAGUGAGGUAUUUUCCACUGAAGCCAAGGCUGCAGAGACUAUUUAUGUCCAAGAAAACAGCUGUAUCCAUGAGGUGGCAUCAUGAAGAAAGGGCACAAGAUGAAAGCACUUUGCGCCAUCCGGCUGACUCGGAAGUGUGGACCACAUUUGAUGCCGAGCAUCGUUGGUUUGCUCAAGAUCCUUGA